AUGGGCAAUCUUGUAGCUCCUACCGUGACCGUUGCCUUCGUCUUAGCUGUUUGCUAUGCCGUGGGCUUCGUUGUUUACCGCCUCUACUUCCAUCCUCUCGCAAAGUUUCCAGGGCCGAGACUCAAUGCUCUCAGCUCGAUACCAGGCAUUUACUGGCUGCUCAAGGGUCGUCUGCCGUUCGUGAACCACGAGCUGCACAAGAGGUAUGGUCCGAUUGUUCGUGUGUCGCCAAAUGAGCUCUCCUUCGCCUCCGCUCAAGCAUGGGAAGACAUUUACGGCCAUCGCCAGGGCCAGAAGAACAUGCACAAGGACCCGAUUCACGUCGGUUCGGUUGCUCCUCUCCCAGGAGUGACAACCUUGACCAUGGCGGACGACGCGAACCACGCCCGCCAACGGCGAGCACUAGCCUACUCAUUUUCGCAGAAAGCGCUAUUUGAGCAAGAGGAUAUCGUCAACACCUACGUUAGCACUUUCAUCUCGAAACUGCGAGCCAUGGGCGAACAUGAUGAGGAGUUCAACCUGGUCAAUUGGCUGAACUUCACUACCUUCGACAUCAUCGGAGAUCUAGCCUUCGGCGAGCCGUUUGGCUGCUUGUCUGCUGGGAAGUUUCAGGAGUGGGUGGCAUUGAUUUUCGAGACCGUUAAGGUUGGAGCGAUUGAGCAAGCUACUCGUCGCUUUGCUACCGCUGGCUCGCCGCUGCAGAAUUUCCUCCUCGGCUUGAUACCGAAGGAAGUUCGCGCGAGACGAACCAACCAUCUCGAACAGAGCAGGGAGAAGGUACUGCGGCGUUUGGCGAACAAGAACACUCAGCACAAGGACUUCAUUUUUUAUAUACUGAAGCAGGCAGACAAGCAUGACCUCAAGCAAGACGAAAUCAUCGUCAAUGGAGCCUUGUUCAUCGUCGCCGGCAGCGAAACCACCGCCAAUGCUUUGUCCGGGAUCAUCGCUCGACUACUCCGAAACCCUGACAAGCUUGAGAAGCUCACCACGGAGAUCCGCGAGAACAUCAAGUCCGACGCAGAUUGCACUUCAGAGAACUUCGGAAAGCUCCCAUAUAUGGAAGCCUGUCUUGAAGAGGGCCUCCGCAUCCAUCCGCCAGUGCCAGCAGGCCUGCUUCGAACCGUGCCAGCAGGCGGGAGUCUAGUCGAUGGCCACUUCGUUCCUGAGGGCACGUCGGUUGCUGUGGGCGGCUAUGCGGCAUCACACAACCCGGCCAACUUUCGGGACUGCGACUCGUUCAUUCCCGAGCGGUGGCUCGAUGAUGCAUACUCCACGGACGUCAAGAAAGGCGCGCAGCCGUUUUCGCUUGGGCCGAGAGGGUGUAUUGGGAAGCACCUGUCGUACAUGGAGAUGCGCCUAAUUCUCGGACGCUUGCUGUGGAACUUUGACCUCAUCAGCGUGGAUGGUGCUUGGCAGUGGGACCCGGAAGGUGAUAUGAAGAACAUGCGGGCCUUUUUAACCUGGGAGAAGCCAAGUCUGAACGUCAAGGUCCGCGACCGCUUUGCUAAGGCGCAGUAA